AUGGCGGAAUCCCAUGCCGCUGUAUCUAUGUACGCAAUAUUUAGCACGAUGCGAAAUGCGACAAAGGCACUGUACCAAGAACACGUCCACGACCACCUCGAUGUCGUGCUAGCAGACGACAUCAACGUAACGAGCGCACGCGAAUGUUCGGUGUUCUGUCUGAACGUACACUGUGAUGUGUUCGCCUUCUGUCCGACGACACCAAUCCCACGAGCAUCUGCAAACACAAACUGUUUCCUAUUCACUUACAGCGAUGGUGUGGCUUCUGCAAACCUUUCUGAGUAUUCGGCGUGUUCAUUCUAUGUGUCAAAAGCGAAGCAGACAGUCUUAUCAACUGAAAUCACUACUGAUAUGUCAACAACUACGUCACCCAGCACUACAAUUACGACGGCCAGCAGUGCAGCCACGACGCCCAUUGAUACAACUACAGCAGCCAGCACUACAGCCACGACACACAGUGCUAGUACAAUACCUAGUGACACCACCACGACGUCUAGCACUACUACUAACACAACAUGCGUCAACUUGGACGGGGGCGGGUGUACUUGUCCCAGUGGAGCAACGGAUGUCGGUUGUACGCAAUAUUUGUCAGAUUGCGUAGAUUACAAAAAUACACAUGGUAUUCUGGACGGGGUAGUGUACAUCAAGCCACUUACCUCAUCCCUUAACGCCUUCCCUGUUCGCUGUUACAAAGGCUACACCAUGAUUCAGAUGCGAGACAACGUCCCGUCUUGUCACAGUUUUUCCUUCAACCGAUCCUGGUCAGAAUACAGAGAUGGGUUCGGCGACCUCCAGAAUGGUUGUUUCUGGCUGGGCAAUGACAAGAUAACAACGCUGACUCUAGGACGGGCGUACGCUUUGAUGUUUGAAACUCUGGUGAACUCACAAACAACAGAGCUGGUGAUAACGUAUAACGCCUUCCAAAUGGCAAGCCCUGCUAAUGGCUACCGUCUGUCUUACGGAUGGAUCGCUGAAUCCAGCGCCGUCCCCAACUCCAACGGUUUGGUUGGACCAACAGCGAACCGAGUUGUGAAAGAUCAACCCUUCUACACGUAUGAUCAUGACAUUAACGGAUGUGCUGCAGCCAGCGGGGGAGGCUGGUGGUAUAAUACUGGAUGUUCCUAUGGAAACCUUAACGGGGUUGACGCAAAAUGGCCUCUGUCUGGAACAGUGACCAAGUUAGACAUUUCGCUGCUAUAUUUGCAAAGACCUUGAACAUAGGCAACUGAUAGCGAGGAAGACGCAAUGGAAUACGCGUGACUCAAGCAGCAGCUACUAUUCGUUUUAAUCAUUUAUGUCAAGAAUUGCCACAUUUACACAUCACACUAUAUAUCCACUGUUUUACUAGUUUUGUUGUUGUUUUUGUUUUCGUGUGUUGUUUGUUGUUGUUUUGGGGUUUUUGUUUGGAUUGUUUUUGUUCGUUUCUUUUAGUGUUGUUGUUUU